AUGAACAAUUUUCAAUAUGUGACAACCAGUGUGCCUGGCCCUAAUACGGAUCGAGAAGAAUGGGAGAUCUUAGCCGGUUGUGAAUGUACAGGUGACAAUUACUCCGCUGACGGUUUGUUACUGGAUAAGCCCAGUGGAGCUCCUAUUCUCGAAUGCCAUAGCGAAUGCUCAUGCUCAAUGUUAGAAACUCCUUGUAGAAAUCGAGUAGUGCAACUUGGUGUGAAAGUAGCAAUGAAGGUUUAUGCAUGCGCUGAUGGUAAAGGUUUUGGAGUGCGAGCAGCUGAAGAGAUUCGACCGCACACGUUUAUUUGUGAGUACGCUGGCGAAGUUUUGGAUAAGGAAGAAGUCGAGAAGCGAGCUGUUUCGAAACAUGACCAUAAUUAUACAAUGACAGUACGAGAACAUGGAGAGAGUGGUGUUACAACUACUUUUAUCGAUCCGCGACAUCGCGGCAACUUAGGGCGGUUUAUCAACCAUGGGUGUGAUCCGAAUCUGUCUAUAGUGAUCAUACGGAUAGGUUAUACAGUACCUCAUGUUGCACUGUUCUCAAAUAAGACAAUACAUAUAGGGGAAGAAUUGUGUUAUGAUUAUGGUGCUUCAGCGCUAAAUGAUGGCAAAGGAAAGAAAUGCCUUUGUGGAUCUGCCAUAUGUAGAGGAUAUUUGCCAAUGUCUGCUACGGCUUCAGAAUAG